AGGGAAAAAAAGGAGGCAAAAGACAGUUUACCACAAACAGAGUUUUUGAGUAUAAGCAAGAUAGUAGCACUUUUUCGAAGGUCUCUCAUUCCCUUUCACUUUAGGUUCUGAACUCAGAGAGAGAAAGAGAGAGAGAGAGAGAUCCCAGAAAAGUUCAUCGAGAUGUCAAGAGCUUCGUCGGUUGGAUCUCAAUCUCAAUCACUCAGAGACAGCAGUUUCGUCAGGCAACUUUCAGUUGAGGACUUUGCGCUCUAUGGAGUACAAUUUCUUCUUUUUGUCACCUGUGUACUGUUUCUCAGUCGUGAGGGAGUUUGGUGAGCAAUCCUACAGGCAGACAUGAAAAGAGUAAAGAAUAAGAAGCAUUAUGAUGGGGAGCUGUCUGACAUGUGUAAGUUGUUUACACUUCGAUCCUUCAUGAAGUUGAUCCUUCAAGAAGGACAAAGUCUUGUCCUUUUAUGGUGGGGGACAUAUUAUAACCAAGCUGUAUGUGGACUUGUGGACAAAUUAGGGAGCCUAGUGGUGAGGCUGGUGUUUCUUCCUUUUGAAGAAAGUUCCUAUGCUACAUUUGCUAGGAAAGAACCCAAAUAAAGACAGGAGGAUAGGAAGUAGCCUUACAGAGGCCCUUAAACUGGUUUUGUUAGUAGGUGCAUGCGUGUGUGCAUUUCAAUUUCCUAUUCUCCUUUGUUUAUAAAGAUCAAAAUUAUAGACAUAUAUUUUGAUAUAUGUGCAUAGUCUUGAUCUAAUAAGUAACCAAGUUGAUUAUUGUAAUAGCAUCUCAGUCGUUUAGACCACAUAUGAAUCUAUGAUGAACAGAAUCCAAGGGACUCAAACAACUUAGAAAAUAUCUUUUAGAAAAGAAAAUUUUACCAAGUUAAUCGUAGCAUGCAGAUAUGCAGACACUGCAUGUUAUGUUGUAACAGAGAGAUCAGGUAGUGAAAACACUUGUAGUAGCCUUUGAUUCAUUGUAUAAUGAGUAGAUUAAAAGAUCUGAUUUUGAUACAUUAUGAAAUAGGACAAGUGAUGAUCACAAAAGGAGCAAGAUAAUUAUCUAUAGUAGGAAUUGAUAUUUGUUCUUUUCUUGAAGUCAUCUUCUUUAUUUGUUUCCUUGGUCUCAAGAUGCCCAGAUAUCCUGUAGGUAUUGUAUUUAUGGUGUUUGGUCCAAGGUAUGCUUAUUCUCUCAUCAGAUUGUUGUACGGACAGAAAUGGAGUGAUGUGGAAGCAUCAACAGCCCUUCGAUAUUAUUGCAUUUAUAUAAUUGUUUUGGCUAUGAAUGGUGUGUAAUGCGCUGAUUCUUCUUGUCAAUAUUCGCAGGCAUAUGAGCCAUAGUUAGAGGAAUAUCAAGCAACAUGUACUUGAGAACAUUCUGAAUCUUUUCUACAUGCCGUUGCAAAAGAGAAGCAACUAGUAAGGUCAAAUCUUUCAUCGUUUCUGUUCGCAAUAAGACAUGUAGUAUGAAUAUCCUGCUGAUCAACUCAGCUGGUGCAGUUUGGCUUAAUUUUGGCAAACUCAGUAAGUAUUCUUUUCUUAGUUUAGGCAGUUUUCUUAAGGUUCGUUUGGUAAAGCUUUUGCCUUAUAUUUUCUGUUACUUUUAAAAAUUAAAGUCACUACGACUAUUUAGGAGGCACUAAAACACUAACUAUAUAAUUUCUACCCACCACCAAACCUGCCCCAAAGAUUAAGGCUUUUUAGUUUUUUUUUUUCUUUCCAUUUUUUAUUUUGCUUAUUGAUUUUGAGGUUUUCCUUGGAAGAUACUCCAGGCGAAACAACUCGAUAUCUCUCAAAAUUUUCACAAAAUUUAGGCUUCAGAAUCCAAAAAUUAUUAUUAUUUUCUUGUGAUAUUACCAUUUGUAAGCACUAAUUAAUUAUUUAUUUAUUUCUCUGAUUUUUCUUUCUGGGAUGAAAUCUUUUUGGGAUUUUCCUACCUAACAAGGAGAGAGGGAGAAAGGGCAAGAAACCUUGCAAAGUGGGAAGUCUUUCUUGGGUUAGUUUCAAAAUCCAUGCUUAUCGCCAUCUCUUAUUUUAAUGCGUGUCAUUAUUAUCCCUUUUAAUUAUUUUUUUCCACAACCGAACGACACUAUAGUCUCUCUAUCAGUAAUUAGUAAUCACCGGAGAAAAUUUUGCAAUUGAUUUCCUCUAUCUUUUUGUUUCCACGCGGUUUCUCAACCCUUUCAAUGGCCUCCAUGCACGUUUCCUCUAUCUUCUUAUUUCUUCUAUGAGAGACCUUUCUAUUCAGGGUUUACGCUUUCCGUUCACACACACACACACUCCUUUUCUCUUUAGGUAAGGAACCCCCCUUUUUGUUUUUGUUAGAGGCCAUGGACAAUGGCAAUAUUUAGGACCGAAUGGCCAGGAAGAUGUGCUCAUAAUCGUUUCUAUUAUCUGUAUUAUUAGAUUUUCAUUGAUGUCAACUUAAUUACAGGCCAUGGCUGUUCGCUCUGUGCUUGGAAAGCUGGGUAGGAGUAGAUUUAUUCACAACAAUGAAAGACUUAUCAUGGCUGGGAGUUCUCCUACUGUUUGUUCCUCUCCUCAUCAUCCUUUUGAUUAUUAUGGGGUCGUACAUGAUCAAAACAAAGCGGAUAAAAAAAGAAAUCCUUUUCUUCUUGGAUCGCUUAUGAAAAAGCCAGUUUAUUCUCAUUUGGAUUUUGGAGGACUAGAACCUGCUCGUUUCGCCACCGAAGAGUUGAGGAAGAAAAGGAAUAUUCAACUGCAGUCUGUGAGAGUGUUGAGGGUGGCAGUGAGGAAAGAUUCUGAGUCACCACGAUAUAUUUCUUCCUAUGAUCUAUCGUUGGAGGCAGAUGAUGCCGGUGUUAUGAGAUAUUUCGAAGUAGAAGUUUCAGUUAAUUCCAGCAAUGGCAUGUGUUUGGAAGAAUGUUAUCUUCUCGUUGAUAAUCAAAAGCCAAUAAGAUUAUAUCAUUACCUAGACAACUUUUUUGGUGCAUAUGCGGAGGCUCGACAGCAGAUCACCAACGCAAAUUACGCAACGACACCAGAGGGUGACAUGCGAGACUACUUCAAGGGGAAAACUAGCAUACAUGCAGACAUAUAUCUCUACUUUCAAAUAAUCCCCAAGUUUUCUAUAGUCGUAAGGUAGUUGAAUGAAAUACUAAAUUAUUAUGAACUAUACUCCUUAAGAUUGUUGUAUAAGAACAAAUUUCUUUUCAACUAUCUAUGUUGGUAUUUCAAUGAUCCUUGUUCCUCUAUUCUAAUUCUAAUAUAAUGGUCACGUAUAGCUCGGAA